UAAAUGUUUAUUUGGCUACUUAGCUGCUGACCCCAGAAGACGAAAAUGAAUAAUUCAACAAACUCUUCUAGCAAUGGCCUGGCUCUGACCAGCCCUUACAAGACCUUUGAAGUGAUCUUUAUUGUCCUUGUGGCUGGGUCCCUCAGCUUGGUGACCAUCAUUGGGAACAUUCUGGUCAUGGUCUCCAUUAAAGUCAACCGCCACCUCCAGACUGUCAACAAUUACUUCCUGUUCAGCCUGGCCUGUGCUGACCUUAUCAUAGGUGUUUUCUCCAUGAACCUGUAUACCCUUUACACUGUGAUUGGCUACUGGCCUUUGGGGCCGGUGGUGUGUGACCUCUGGCUCGCCCUGGACUAUGUGGUCAGCAAUGCCUCUGUUAUGAAUCUACUCAUCAUCAGCUUUGACAGAUACUUCUGUGUCACCAAGCCCCUGACCUACCCCGUCAAGCGGACCACGAAAAUGGCAGGGAUGAUGAUCGCUGCCGCCUGGGUCCUCUCUUUCAUACUCUGGGCUCCAGCCAUUCUCUUCUGGCAGUUCAUCGUAGGGGUGAGGACUGUGGAGGAUGGCGAGUGCUACAUCCAGUUUUUUUCCAAUGCCGCCGUCACCUUUGGUACGGCCAUUGCAGCCUUCUAUCUGCCAGUGAUCAUCAUGUCCGUGCUGUACUGGCACAUCUCCCGAGCCAGCAAAAGCAGGAUCAAGAAAGACAAGAAGGAGCCUGUCACCAACCAGGAACCAGUUUCUCCAAGUCUGGUGCAAGGGAGGAUAGUCAAGCCAAACAACAACAACAUGGCCAGUGGUGACAAUGGCCUGGAACACAACAAGAUUCAGAAUGGCAAGGCCCCACGGGACACAGUCACUGAAAACUGUGUCCAGGGCGAGGAAAAGGAGAGCUCCAAUGACUCCACCUCGGUCAGUGCUGUGGCCUCGAACAUGCGAGAUGAUGAAAUCACCCAAGAUGAAAACACCAUCUCCACAUCCCUGGGCCCUUCCAAAGAUGAGAACUCUAAGCAAGCAUGCGCCAAGAUUGGCAGCAAGACCCAAAAAGGGGAUUCAUGUACCCCAGCGAAUGCCACCGCGGAUCUAGCCAUUUCGACAGGGCAGACUGGAGAAGAAAAGCAGAACACUGUAGCCCGCAAGAUUGUGAAGAUGACCAAGCAGCCUGUCAAGAAGAAGCCGCCUCCUUCCCGCGAGAAGAAAGUGACCAGGACAAUCUUGGCCAUUCUGUUGGCGUUCAUCAUCACCUGGGCCCCGUACAACGUCAUGGUGCUCAUCAACACCUUCUGCGCCCCCUGCAUCCCCAACACAGUGUGGACAAUAGGCUACUGGCUCUGUUACAUCAACAGUACUAUCAACCCUGCCUGCUAUGCGCUCUGUAACGCUACCUUCAAGAAGACCUUCAAACACCUGCUCAUGUGUCAUUAUAAGAACAUAGGUGCCACCAGAUAAACCGUAUUUGAAAAGAAGGGAGGUGGCCAAGGGGAGCUG